AUGAAGUAUCUACUCCUGUGCGCACUGCUAGGCUAUGCUACUGCCAUUGAAUUGUUUGGAAGAGACCAAUCGUCCGCGGUCCGAGGGCAGCUGAUGUGCGACGGAAGGCCUGCAGUUGGCGUCAAGGUCAAGCUGUGGGAUCCGUGCCAAAGAAAGUUCUCUAUCCUCAUUCCUGAUAGCUACGUAAGCCAUGGCAAAGUUCCAAAGAAGGUUUACGAUGCCGGAACAAUCCAACUGGCUGGUUCAUUCCCUGGCGAGAGCAGGGACUGCAUUAACUAG